AUGCGUUUACAUGCUAUUUCCAAGAUGGCUGACGAAGAUGAUCCGGUGACGCACGAGGUAGAUGUUUACUUAUCAAAAAGUUUAGCAGAAAAUCUUUAUCUUCUGCAGAUUCAACUUGAAUUACCUCUUAAUACACACACACCUAAUUAUGCUUACAGCAAAGGUGAACAAAUGGCUUUGAUUGUUGAUGGACAAUACAAACCAUCCGAACAAAAUUUUUUUAACAGUAAUGUCAUGGAUAAAACAGUUUUAGCAUCAGGACCUUGCACUGCUUCUACUCAACGCUAUGCUGUUGGUGUAUAUAAAGAUGAAUCUUCUCAAGAGGAGGAGGAAGAAGAAGCCAAGCCAGUGCGCCUGAAAUUUGCCCGCCAUGAAACUGUGGAAGCUAAGGCUCGCCGUAUGGCUUCAUAUGAUUACUUACAAAAGAAAAGAGAGGAGGAGCAAUGGAUUAAUGUCAAGCAUCAUUCCAUUGAUGAUGAUAAGUCUGUGUCUGAGAGGAAUCUAUUGUUUGCUGCCAAGAAUCAUGAAGUGACAGAAUUCAAUAUUCCUACUUGGGAAUAUCUGGAAAAACUUAUGCCUCCUGUUACAGAAGAGCACAAAGAGAAGCCAGCUUUGCCAAAUAACAUCUUAUCUCUAUCCCAACUCCGUACAAUGCCCUUACAAGAACAGGUUAAGGCACUGCUCAUAAAUGCUAAAGUGAUUCAGUUUCGCCAGUUGCUAGCUCUUCUUCCACGUGGCACUGAUCCUACAGCAGUCAUCCGAUGCCUACAGCAAGUUGCAAUCCUUGUUCAGGGAUGCUGGGUUGUUAAAAGUGAGAUACUCUAUCCUAAAGGUACAACAAGUCCUCAUAGUGGUGUGUCAGCUGAACAUCUUUGCAGAGGACGAGAUUAUUUGAUGUGGAGGUUUUUACAUUCAAGCCAUGUCACUAGGAAAGAAAUCUCUUUUGUUAUAAAGCUUCCUGCUGAAGAUGUAAAAGACAUUCUUGAACAAAUGUCUCGUGUGCGUGCCAGUCAUGGAUGGGAAUUUCUUUUUGAAUAUGACAAAGAAUUUUGUAGCAGGUAUCCUGAAAUUGUACAAAGGCAAAAAGUUUUAUGGGAGGCUCGAUUCCAGACUUUAUGUAAACAGUUAAAAAUAAAUCCAAAAGAAGUUGAAAAAAAAUGCAAAGAACAAGCUUCUCCUGAAAAAUCCAAAAAGCCUCGUACCCCUACAAAAUCAAGAAAACGCACAUUAAGUGGUCGAUCUAUAUCUGAUCACAGCGAUGUUGAAGUGGACAAUCCAGACAAGGUGAUAAACAUCAAGGAAGAGUCUGAUGAUGGUGGCUGUGAAAUUGUAGAGGUCAAUAAUGAAACUUCUCUUACAAAUGGACCAGCAAGUAAAGAGGCCAGUGGUGCUUUGUACAACAACCAUGCCCAUACCAACAGUGGCGGUGACAUGCAGCAGGAACUUCAGUCAUUUGUUCGGGAUAAACUUUAUUCGCGUUAUGUUUUAACACUGAGUGAACUAAAACGUUUAUUUCACUUAAAACUAACACAGUGUCAAUCUGGUCACAUUCUUGGUACUGGGGUGUCUGAUAAAAUGUUGGAACAGGCUGUAAUUGAUGUUGGAGGCAUUAAGAUCAAUAAUCAGUGGCCUCCAGCAUCCAGUGUGGAUGAACCAGUUUUUACUGUUAUAAAAAAUGGUGAUUAUUUAGAUCCUGAUUAUUGCAUCACAAAAGGUUGUUUAUGGUAUUUGAAAGGGACAUACACUGAAGAAUCAUGA